CAGAAGGCUGAAAUGGAGGAGAGGCCUUGGAAAAGGAGGACCUCUGUGUGUGAGGGUGAUACUCUUUACAUGCUCAGAGGCAUGCCUUCUCCCUUACAAGGGGGGAGUGUUGGGGCUUUUAAAUGCCUAGUCAGAGAGAAGAAGGCUGGGCAGCAGCAGGGGAGUGCCAGCAGGUGUGGGGCCUAGGCCUCUCCUCCUCCACCUGGAGGCCUCCUGGAGGGAUGGCUGUCCAGGAAGCAGGAUGUGGGUUCCUCCUCCUCCCUCUCCUUUUCCUUCUCCGUGGCAGGGUUUUCCCUCCUUCCCAGGGCUGAAGGCACAAGGCAGGUAGCCAGGCUCUGCCAUGGAGGGCCUCCAACGCCUCCCUCCAAGCGCCUUCCUUGGCCUUCGCCUCCUCUGGCUGCUGCUCCUGCUGCUGCUGAAAUAUGAGCCAUCUUUGGGAAAGAAAACUUUACGGAUCACACCUGUCAUUCAACAGCCUGAAGAGAAUGUAUUUUAUGAAGAUUUCAUUAAUCUGAACAUUUUGGACAAAAGAGUGUGCAAUGAUACCGAAAUUUCAGUCACUUAUUUAUGUUCAAAACCUUGCAUUGUUACCAUAGAAGCCAUAGCUUCACUGGAAUUCAGAACUGGUGUUUCAGUGUAUAAGAAAAGUUGGGAGAAUGACAAUCACCUCCACGCCACUUGGAAUGAAACAGUGAACUUGAAAUUUCCAAGCAACAUGGUUUUCAGAGAUGAUUUUGUGAUCAAGCAUUCCUUAAUAGUACAUACAGUGAUACUAUACGCAUGGCUUAGUCAUAAACAAGCAGUGAUCGACCAUGAGAAACAAGGGGAAGGAUACCUGCAGGCAAUUGCAAGGGACUAUACUUUGUUAGAAACAGUUCCACCUUUUGAACGUCCAUACAAAGAGCACAAAGUGUGUCUGAAGUGGGGCUUGGAAUAUACCUGGAAACUACAUGCAAACAGAAUACCUCAAUGUCUUCAUGAAAGUGAAGCAAUAGAGAUCCUCAGCUUUCCUUAUGCAUCCAGUGGAGAGAUGGCAGGCCUGGUGAAGAAAUUUCAGAAAUUUAAGAACAGAGAGCUUGAAAGGAUCAGAAAGAGGCAAAUUGAUUACCCAAACUUUACUGUUUCAGUCUGGCUUUAUUUACUCCGAUACUGCAAAAAACCCUUAUGUGGAAUUCUCUAUUUCAUUGAUUCUGAAGAAAUGUAUGGUAGCCCUGCUGUAUUUCUAAAUGAUGAAGGUUAUGUUCACAUCCAGAUGCACCUUGUCAAAGGAGAAGACAUUGCUGUGAAAACUACUUUCCGCCUUCCUCUUAAGCAGUGGCUUCGACUUGACCUUUCUGUUAAUGGAGGGCAGAUAGAAAUACACAGUGUUGUAAAGAAUCUGAAAACUCAUCAGCAUGAAACAUUUAAUUUUAGAGAAGACUUUUAUUAUGAUGACACAUCUGGAUAUUUAGUUCUGGGAGGCAGCACAUAUUCAUCUGGUAUUGAAGGAUACUUUGGAACAGUAAAAUACUAUCGUCUAAAUGGCCUCGAGACUGAAAGGAUUUCUAACCCUUUCUUCAGCAAUGACAUUUUGGAAAGAAUUGAUGUGUACCAUCAAAAAUGUGCAGAUAGCCAGAGCAUAGCAUCCAAGUAUGGAUUCACACUGAGACAAGCUGAAGAAGAACCGAAGUGUGUUCAUGACAACUAUUAUUUGACAAUGAUAAACAAAUAUGGAAGUAACCUCAAAUGUGCUGAGGUCAGCUGGCGAAAAGAACUAUGGGAAAAAUAUCACAACAUAUUCAUACAGUUGCCAGAAGUUUUAGCACAUGGAGGCCAAAAGGACUCAGUGAUAGAAAAUGGACGCAAAUUAUUCAUGACAACUGCUCAAAAUCUAUCCAGGGAAGAUGGCUUAUAUUAUAUAAACUCUUCUGUCUUGUCCCUGAUGGAUUCCAGCUGUUUGGGAUAUCACAGAGCUUCCUAUGUCCUUGGUGUUAUCUUUGAAAUAGGAGUAGGUAUGCCUGCAGAUCCAGUUCAGGGGCUCCUUUACAGUUUGGUUGCAGCUCAAGGAGGUGAUAGGUUGGCCCUAAUGAACCUUGGAUAUAAGCAUUACCAAGGCAUUAAUCACUAUCCCCGAGAUUUGGAGCUGUCAUAUGCUUACUAUAGUGAUGUUGCUGUCAAGACACCACAUGAUCAAAAUACUGCAGAUGGAGACCAGGCAUUCGUAGAAGCAGUAAGGCUUCAAGAUGAUGAUUUACUAAAGGCUCAAACCCGAGAAAGUGGUGACCUCUUCAUGUGGCUGAAACAUGAAGCAAAAAGGGGAGAUGCAGCUGCUCAGCAACGUUUAGGACAGAUGCUAUUUUGGGGGCAACAAGGAGUGGGGAAAAAUCCCAAAGCAGCUGUAGAGUGGUAUGCAAAGGGUGCCUUGGAAACUGGAGACCCAAUAUCCCUAUAUGAUUAUUCCAUUGUUUUAUUCAAGGGUCAAGGUGUGAAAAAGAACAAAACGCUUGCUGUACAACUGAUGAGAAAAGCAGCAUCGAAGGGAUUACCGCAGGCAGUGAAUGGCCUGGGUUGGUAUUAUCAUAAUUUUAGAAGAAACUAUGCAAAAGCAGCCAAAUACUGGUUGAAAGCUGAAACUAUGGGAAGUCCUGAAGCAUCCUUCAAUCUUGGUGUCCUCUAUUUAGAUGGGGUUUAUCCAGGACAGACUGGUCGAAAUCAUACUGUGGCUGCUAACUAUUUCUAUAAAGCAGCAGAAGGUGGUCACAUGGAAGGAACAUUACGAUGUUCUCAGUAUUAUAUUACAGGAAAUUUAGCAAGCUUUCCCAGAGAUCCCGAGAAGGCGGUAAUCUGGGCAAAAUUUGUGGCAGAAAAGAAUGGCUAUUUAGGCCACGUCAUUCGAAAAGCACUUAAUGCUUAUCUAGAUUUAUCUUGGCAUGAAGCUCUGCUCUAUUACAUGCUUGCUGCAGAGACUGGAAAUGAAGUUUCACAGACAAAUCUGGCACACCUCUGUGAAGAGAGAUCACAUUUGGCAAAAAGAUACUUGGCUUCUGAUUGUGUCUGGAGAUACUACAACUUCUCAGUUUUUCAAAGCAAUGCUCCCACCUUUGCUUAUUUGAAAGUGGGAGACUUCUACUACUAUGGAUAUCAGAACCAAACCAGAAAUUUGAGUAUCUCAAUACAGAUGUAUUCCCAAGCUGCAUUACAUGGAGAUGCCCAGGGAUUCUAUAAUUUGGCCAUCCUUCUUGAAGAAGGUUACUCCAUCCCAAGUGACAUUUUAGAUACUUUAGAAAUUGACAGGACACUCUACACCAGUAAAACAGACCUUAAUCAGGAGCUUUAUGAAAGGUGCUGGAAUCUCAGCAACCAAGAAUCAAUCAGCCCAUGCACUCUAGCGUUGCUUUAUUUUCACCUGAAGAUUUUCUGGAAGGAUAUUUGGCAUUCUAGCAUGAUCUAUUUCCUGGGCUCCUUGGUUGUCUUCACUUUGGUUGCAUUCAUUAUGUGGUAUUUUCACGUUCUGUUUCGUGUUCACCCCCAGGUAUCAUCAGUCCCUGGACAGGCUGCAGCUGAAUAUUCUUCCCCAGAUGAAAACACUCAGGGAAGCAGAGUGGCAGAGCAUGAAGAACAUCCUGUUCCAAAUAAUGGAGAAGACAUUGGCUUAAAUCCUCAACAUUCUCCUUCUAGCAGCUGAGACCUAAUUUCUCAGUAGCUGUUGCCUUCAAAAGUUGAACUGUUUCCCUUUCUUCAACCAAGUGCAAGAUAACCCCUUUUUGUUGGGAUACACACUAGAGGCAGAAUCUCAUGGUCAAACUCUUGCUUUCUUGCUUUAGCUUGGAGGAGUUUUGACAACUUCACUCAAAGUUGGAUUAGCAAGGACAAUGGACUGAUUCUAAGAGGAAGGGACUAUAGAUGUAGGGUUGUGACAUACAAAAAUCAAGGCAUUUUAUUUUUUGUCUUUAGAAGUUGUGUGAACUGAUCGUAGUCAGUUUUGUUUUAUCACUAAGAAGGGAAAAUCUGUUCGGAUUGUUAGAACACUGAGUAAUGCAGUUUGUGGGGAAAUAACUUAUCAAGACAAGUUGGGCAAAGCAUUCUCCCACUUUAAUUUAGCUUUUGUGAGGCAGACUUGUAGUUUCAGAGGCCAAAAUCCACUUGUGAGUCCCAACUAGAAUAGGCUGUUGAUUCAGUUGGAUUUACAUAAUUGUUGAUAUGCUGUUCAACAAAUUAUUCAGCAGGUUUCCCCUAGGUGGGAAGGAUAAUUUGAUUUAGGUCACUGGACAUGUAAAGGCCUUAAAAAGGAAGGUUAUGUUCACCUAAAAAAGAAAAAAAAAUCAAGAUUGAGACGUUUCAGCAGAUGACUUUAGGACAGCCAUUAUUAAGACACCAGCUUGACACACACACUCAUCAGCAAAUUGAAGACAAUUAUCUGAGUUUAUCUGAGACAUCACCUUCCCAUUUAUAGACUUGUUAAGGGCACUAAAGUCAACUGGAGAGAUUUUUUUUGUACUGUGGUCAGUUCACUAUUGUCUGGUAGUGAACUAGAAGGAAGCUGUUGCAACCCCAGCACCUUUAUUUAUGGGAGGCAACAUCUGUUACAUGUUCUAGAAAUCUUCUGAAAUUGUAAUUGUUUGUCAAAUGAUAGAAAUGGAAGGGGCAUGCAAUCCAACCCAUCCCUGAAGUACCUCCAGAGGUGGGUAUCCAACCUCUGUUUAAAAACCACUUCCCAAGGGAGGCUAGUCCCUGGUCAAACAACUUCUACCAUCUGUAAAUUCUUCCUUAUGUUUAGUUAGGAUCUCCUUUCUUGUAGUGUAUCUUACUAGUUUUUGUUUCUGGAGUUUCAUACUGGUAUAUGCUGUUAUAUGAUUUUUAUGUCUUUUGUACAUAACGAAAUUAAUUUAUGAUAGACAGUUUAGAAAUUAUAUUAAAUAAAUAAAAUGAAGGACAGUGAUGAUGAUUAUCACAACCCUACAACAAUCAGUUAUUAAAACACACCUAUAAGGCAGAACAUGGAGUUGAUUAUUGUUACUGUCAAGUGCAAAUUUAUGGGAUUAUUGUAAUGAUUAUGAAGAUAAUUUAUGAGCAGCACUUUCAGUAUUCCUUAGAGUAGAUCUUGGCAAUAUGUUCCCCUCCAGAUGUUGCUGGACUGGAACUCCCAACAUUCUGCCCUAUUAGCCACUGUCUCAGGGUACUAGGAGUUGCAAAUGGACAACAUCUAGAGGAUCCUGCUUUUCCCACCUCAGCUCUAGGAUUAUUUAAAUUCUGUUUUGAUAAGAAUAUACUGCCACUCUGUUCUCCCAACCAGGAAAACAUUUAGUCCUCUGCAUCCAGUAUACAAGAAGGCUAUUAUUCUUACCAGUCUUCAUUGGGUUGUCAAAUAAACUCACCUUGUUCUCCUUUAUGUAUAGUAGUUGUUAAUAAAAUUAUUUUUCUAUUGCUAUAAA